AUGCAUAAAUCGAACGAAGAUUGUUUUUAUUUUCUUACAUCAUCUUGUGCAAAAGGUUCAUCAUGUACUUAUCGACAUAGUCCAUUAGCUUUAACAUGUAAUAUUAUCUGUCCAGCUUGGUUACAUGGUAAUUGCCCCGAUUCUACUUGUCCAUAUCGUCAUAGUACUGCUCUGCGCCCAACGAUAACUAAUGGUAUACUAUGUUUCUAUGAGAAUACAGCAAUGGGUUGUUUAAAACUUGACUGCACAUUUAUUCAUUCACGACCACGAAUGAACUUACGCAAUACAUCAACAAUUCGACCUUCAUCAACAAAUCUCAUUAAAAAAGAUGCAACUAAACCACUUGUUAAUAAUACUCUUUCUACCGGUAUACAACAAACAAAACCUGUUCCAAGUGCUAAUAUCAAUUCUUCUCAACCAACAAUCAAUGAAACACAAGUAGUCAUACCAAUUAGUACAAUCAAAUCAUCAUCAAAUUCUCAUACACCAUUACCAAUACUGAAAACUGAAACGAUUGCACGUCGUACUGCAGCAUCAUUAGAUAUUGAUCAAUCAAAUGAAAACAAAAAUUUAUCAAACAAUACCAACAACAACAAUACUAAUAAUAUUCUAAGUUUGAAUAAAUCUACUCGUAGUGUAAUUACAGAUUCUCCAAAGACUAUUCAAGAAGAGGUGACAACACCACAAUCUCGAUUAGUUGUUAAUCGAAAUGUUGUUAUUGCUGAAACAAAUUGUGUUCCAAAUCGAAAAAUUGUUCGAACAACAUUAUCAUCAUCACCAACAUCAUCCAAUCGUGUUGUUGUUUCAUCCGAUAGUAUUAAUUCAUCUGAAAAAGAUAAAAAGACUGAUAUUGACUUGAUUGGACAAGAAAAUGAUGCAAAAAAAAUUAAACAAGAUUCUCAAUCAACUGUUGAUAUCUUAUUCCCUUGUUCAACAUCAUCGAUUACUAAUCGUUUAUUCAUGUCAUCAAAAGAAACAACAUCAACGAAUGAUACAAAACCAAUACGAUUAAAUCGUGACCGUUUGCCCGCAGCAAAACUAUCCAGUGGAAACUCACAUAUCUCUGUUUCUACACCAACAAAUGAAGAAAAGACAUCUGCGGGAUUAACCUUGUUACAAGAUGAUGACCGUCGAACAAUGCGUAUCGAACGUUUCCAGAAAAAACCAAUCUCUCCGCCUCGAUCAAUCAUUUGUUCUACUUCAAUAACUGCAAUGAAUAGUAUGAAUAAUAAUUCGUCUACUAGUCGUAAUGUUAUUACAUCAUCUGCUAAUGAACGUAAACGCACAGUAUCAAAAACAACAGAAGAAGAUGCACCACCGUCAAAACGUAUUUCUACUUCAUUAUCUCAACAUCAAUCAUCUCUUCGUCAAGAGAUCUCAUCUCUCAAUACAUCUACACCGUCAACUUCAUUAGUAUCAAGUCAUGAUAAAAAUUCAGAAAAGCAAACCGAGAAAUUUGGUGUAAAAAUUUCUGAAAGAAAAAACUCUUCAUCGAUAACAAUGGUACCAGGUCAACCAGUGGCUUCUUCGUCUGUACGCCCACGUUUUACACCACAAACGAUUGUUUCAUCCUCUUUACAAUUAUCAUCAUCGACAAAAACAAAUACACGACUGUCUGGACAACCAACAUCAGUGGCUAUCAAACGACCUUUAGCUCCAAUGAUGACUUCUGAAACAUCGACAAAAUCAAUUGAACCGAUGGCAUUAAACGUUAUUGGUAAUAAAAAUUCUCCUUCUAUACAAACUAACGAACCUCAAUCAUCAAAUAUUUCAAAUCAAGAUGAUGAAAAUAAAUUACUCAAACCCACUGAGUCUAGUGAUGUUGUUGAUACAUUUGCAUUAAUUGAUGAAGCUUUACUUGAAGCUGAUCAUCUUCUCGAACUUUUAUAG